CUGAUCAAUACCUGUCUUGUUCGUCUCUGUCCACCCAUGGCAUCGUCAAAUAUAGCGUUGAAGACGUUCUCGCUCGCAAACGAUAUUCAAGAAAUCUCACCACAAGAUCAGAUUUACGCCUUCGAUGUGGAGGCUGAUAAACAGAUCAAUCGAGACUCCCCUUGGGCCAAGGACCCACAUUACUUUAAAUCGUGCAAGAUCUCUGCUGUUGCAUUGAUCAAGAUGGUUAUCCAUGCAAGAUCAGGGGUACCACACGAAAUCAUGGGAAUAAUGCAAGGGAAGGUCAUGGGAGAUUCGCUCGUUAUAGUGGAUUCGUUCGCAUUGCCUGUACAAGGUACAGAGACACGAGUCAACGCGGCAAGUGAAGCAAACGAAUACAUGGUGCAAUAUGUCUCGGGCAGUGAGAAGGCCAAGAGGCUGGAGAAUGCGAUCGGAUGGUAUCAUUCACAUCCAGGGUAUGGGUGCUGGUUAUCAGGCAUAGACGUCGAUACCCAAAUGAACAAUCAGAAAUUCCAAGAUCCCUUUGUUGCCGUUGUAAUUGACCCAAACCGCACAAUUUCUGCUGGGCGCGUUGAUAUCGGUGCAUUCCGGACGUACCCAGAGAACUACACGCCACCAAAUGCCUCAGCGUCAGAGUAUCAAAGCAUUCCCUUGAGCAAGAUCGAGGAUUUUGGUGUGCACGCGAACCAGUAUUACCCGUUGGAGGUGCAGGUAUUCAAAUCAAGCUUGGAUACGGAGCUGCUUGCUCUUUUAUGGAACAAAUAUUGGGUGAACACCCUUAGCCAAAGCCCACUGAUCUCUAAUCGCGCAUAUGCCGCGUCUCAAUUGGUUGACCUGCAUCAGAAGCUGGCGAAGGCAGCAAGUAACGUGCCGCACACGAAGCCUGUUCCCCCAACGACGAAAGAUGAGAUACUACUUACAACCUCCAAGAGGAGCGAGAAGAAGGAAGACGAGAACCAGCUCGCAAAAAAUGUCACAGAUAGCAUAAAUAUCGCAAUCGAAGCGCAGCAUGGCCUUAUUGCACAAGUCAUCAAAGAUGUAAUAUUUUCCGGUCGUCCAGGCCAGUCCACAGCAGCGGAGGUGAGAGAUGCGGUAGAUUCAGCAAUGAUGAUCGGUUGAAGGUCUUAGUGUCAUCCUUAUUCUUGCUUUCAUUUCUGUUGGAUGGUAUCGCAGUCUGUAUGUUUAGAUUUCAAAGUACAGUCGCAUGUCCAGUGUAUUAUUUAUCGAGACGCCAGAAACUCGAUAUUUGAAGCUCCGCU